AUGAACCCAGCAGAGCCGGAUGUGUUAAUGGCAGGAAUUUUCGUCUGUCCAAAGGGUAUUACACAGAAUGCGUGCUCGGCAGACAAGCCAUCACCAAAAAUAACCACCCAAAUUUCAUUCUAUACUUUGCAAACAUCAUUUGUCUCCUGGCGCCUAUAUUACACCAUCAUCAGCAUUGAUAAAGGCACGGACGCAACUCCGGUGCUUGGUAUCCAGUUACCUGACUACCGAGACGCGCUCAGAUGGCUUCUCAAAUUACACGGCUGCCGAGCUCCCGCCACCGUUGUCAAUUGCAGUGAGCUUCUGGAGUUCCCAGAAGCUGCUCGCGGACCCGUCGACCUGGGGUAUUCUGGCCCAGAACUUUCAGAGUCUACUCGUUUUCCCGUUCUGGCUGUUCAACUCUAA